AUGACGAAAGAGCUGAAAUCAUUCAGAGAAGCCGUAACACAACAUCUACAGGAGAUGAAUGAACUGAUAGAGACAGAAAAAGGAAAAAUGACGAAAGAGCUGAAAUCAUUCAGAGAAGCCGUAACACAACAUCUACGGGAGAUGAAGGAACUGAGAGAGACAGAAAAAGGAAAAAUGACGAAAGAGCUGAAAUCAUUCAGAGAAGCCGUAACACAGCAUUUACAGGAGAUGAAUGAACUGAGAGCAUCCAGGGGGAGAGAAAGAGAGUUACCAACAAAUGAGCUGAAAACCUCCAGAAAGGACAGAAGAUAUUUUUCGCAGAAUAAGAGUGAGCGUGGAGCUUCUGGCAAGAGACAAAUGGAAAAACACGUGAACGUCAAAGAAAUGGAAAAACUUAGGGCAGCGUCGUCAUCAAAUAAAUUUGAUGAGCCGGAUGCAUCAAGGUCAACGCUUUUCAGGAAGCUUAAAGGCUUAUUUGGCUCAUCAAAGUCAACAAGCCAGGAAAGGCGUUCACUUCGAAAAACACAGAAAAAGCAUAAAGUGGACACUGAAGCUUCGCUAAGAAUGCCGCUGUUAGCCAGCCAAUCUCAUGAAGACCAGCUCGAAUAUGUUCAGGAGCACGACAAAAUAACAGACAGUCUGGAAAUUUCAGGAAGUGACGAAGUGGAAUCGGGCAGUACUGCUUCCCCAGGAAGAUGUGAAGCCGGUCCUUCCCUUGUUAAAAAUACCGAUUCUGGAAAGCGGCACGACAAGGUGAUGGACAGUCGGAAAGGUUCGAAGAGUGACGGAGAGAAACAAAGCAGUGCUUCGCUAAGAAUGCCGCUGUUAGCCAGCCAAUCUCAUGAAGACCAGCUCGAAUAUGUUCAGGAGCACGACAAAAUAACAGACAGUCUGGAAAUUUCAGGAAGUGACGAAGUGGAAUCGGGCAGUACUGCUUCCCCAGGAAGAUGUGAAGCCGGUCCUUCCCUUGUUAAAAAUACCGAUUCUGGAAAGCGGCACGACAAGCUGAUGGACAGUCGGAAAGGUUCGAAGAGUGACGGAGAGAAACAAAGCAGUGGGCGUAUUACCACUAGAGGGGUAUAUCAUGGAACAGACGACGGUUAUGUUCAUUUCUAUGAACAAGUAUACCGUGAUCCAUCACAGUGCACAGGACAACUUUCACCAUCACGCCCUGCUCAAAGUCUGCCUUUACUACCAUAUGAAAUGGAUAUUAGGGACCUACCCAACGAAAGAACGAGGGUAUACCGUGAUCCAUCACAGUGCACAGGACAACUUUCACCAUCACGCCCUGCUCAAAGUCUGCCUUUACUACCAUAUGAAAUGGAUAUUAGGGACCUACCCAACGUAAUCGAGCGUCUGAAAAACUAUGAAGGACAACUUUUAUCAUUUCGCUCUGCUGAAAGUCCAUCUUCACUACAACAUGAAAUAGACAUUAGGGACCUACCCAACAGCGGAAUAAAGAUCGAGCAGCAGCCCAAAUCUAAAAAACAACCGGAAGGUUCAGAAGUAAUUUUCGAGUUGAAGGUGCAGGAGCAGGAUAAAUAUUCCUAUCAGUGGCUGAAAGAUGGAGCCGAACUGAAGGGAAAGUGCGAUGCCAUCCUCAUCCUUGAUAAUGUUGAGCUCCGUGAAUUUGGCUGGUACAAAUGUCGAGUUUGCUCUCGAGAAAAUUUUGGAAUCAACUGCGAGUCAUCACGGGCAUGGCUGGAUGUUGUCCCUAAAGUUCAGAAAGGAACAAGACUAAAAAAGUUUAUAGAUGUAGACCUAUCAACUUGUGAUAAAAUAGCUUUCUAUCUGGAUAAAGAUGUCCCAUUUGGUCUUGGAGGUAACAGACAGGUGGCCGAUGUGUUUGGCAUGACUAAAGACAUGAUCGGAGCACUUGCAACAAGCAAGUCUCCUGGACAAGAGAUCGUCGAAUUUUUGAAGGCAACGAAACCAGACAUAACAGUUUACGAAGUUUUUAAACAGUUAAAGGGCGACGAAAUGAAGCGUUUUGAUAUCGCAAAGAUCUUAGAGAACCAUCUUACAAUUACUGAAAGUGAAGUCUGGUUUAAAAGCUAAAAAUCUCAAAAUAUAUCUUAAUUUUAAAAAUAGUAAAAUCUUCUUCAAACAUGUUCCAAGUUUCUUUGGGUGCAUACGUAAAAUUUGCCGAUCAGCAGGACCUAUUUUGUAGUGUAACAAAGAGCCUUUAGAAAAUGCGCUUCAAGAACAAUAUUAAAAUAUGCAUGUAAUAACUCCAAAGGCCAAUCAGAAUAUUUUCAAGGAGCUACUAAAAACUUAGGGAAAAUGUCUGUCUCGUGAACCGUCUUUAAGCUUGGGAAAACGCACGCAGACCAACUCAAGUCUUGGUGGAUUUUAGGUUUUGAAUUUAAUUGUCUUGCGCCAGGCGUUAGUUAUAACCAAAUACACAAUAAAGGAGAGCAAAACCAAAACUAUCCGCCUUAAAAGCGCUUUUGACGCUCAUUCAAAACCCACCCCUGGCAAGCAAGCGAGUACAUGUAUAAGUAAGUUAAUGAAUAAGUGAUGAGUAACUGAACAAGCGGAUACGUUGAUGGAUAGGUUUACCAUGGACCCAUACCAAAGUUCUUAUUUUGGUUCUUGUAGCCAAAAUUGAGUUUUGGUAAGGGUGUUGUUGUUUAUUCGUGAGAUCCUUGUGAAAGUGGUAGGGUCAAAGUUACGAUAUCAAACAUUUAAUCCUCUGAGAUCAGUUGGCUCGCAUGCUCGCUCAUGCCUACCGGUAGCGAAUGUAAGGAAGUGUAGUGUAGGAUUCAUUGUCAGUCAAUCAGAGUUAGACAAUACCACUAAGGAUCAGUCAGAGACAUUAAGUCAUUAAGAGUGGUCGAAGAAAAGGAAUAAAAUUUGACCUUCAAAGAUUUUCUAACACUGAUCGUGUUGAAUUAGAGUAAAGAUAUGAACACCCGAGGAAUAA